UUAGUGAAGGCUAGCUAUAAACCAUCGCUAAAUUCAUUCCGCGUGUCUCGUCUCUUUUCUUCUGCAGCGGCAUCUUCUUCAGCACAUCCAACUCCGGCGGUGCAACUUCGAUACGAUGGCGCCAAAGAAGGAUAAGGCUCCUCCACCGUCUUCCAAGCCUGCUAAAUCUGGCGGAGGGAAGCAGAAGAAGAAGAAGUGGAGCAAGGGAAAGCAAAAGGAGAAGGUCAACAACAUGGUUUUGUUCGAUCAAGGAACAUAUGACAAGCUUCUCGUUGAAGUUCCCAAGUACAAGCUUGUCACUCCUUCAAUCUUGUCCGAUAGGUUGAGGAUCAAUGGAUCUCUUGCACGAAGAGCAAUCAAGGAUUUGAUGGCCAGAGGUCUCAUCAGAAUGGUCUCUGCACAUGGCAGUCAGGAGAUUUACACAAGGGCCACCAAUACCUAAAAUUCCUUCAAUCUUUAGAGUUGCCUGCCAUGAAUUAGCGUCGUUACUCUAGUUUUUGCUUCUUUGUUUCAAUGUCUCCUUUAGAUGGAUGCUAUAAUUUUGCAAUUUGUGUCUGAUGAUAUCUUCCCUGUUAAUCACUACUUUUAAUAUUUUAUCAAGUUUCCAAACAUUCGGGAAGUUUAUUGAUUCCUUCAUAGUUAUUU